AUGUCGACCUUGAGAUUCUUCUACAACCUUGGGGUCAUGACAUACAGUAGUUGGAUGGUGAUGCAAGCACCAGCGGCCCACCAGCCUGCCUCCCUCCAUCCAUCAUACAUCUGCCAGGCUGCUGCCGCUACUCCUGGAAUGUACGUGGCUGCCCAGACUGCCCCCACCAUGAUGACGUCCGAUGUCAUUGUGGUGGCCAACAGUGAGGCAUAUGCUAGUGGAAACUUCACUGGCUAUCAAAUCAGAAAAUUUGCUGUCGACACAAGAAAUGAAAUGAAGUUGAUCACUGAUCUUUGCCUGCCUUCGCGUUCCUACAUAGGCUCAACAGUAACUCAUCAGAAUGCAGCCUUCUACUAUCAAGGCAUAUCACCUGGAUCACCUUACAUCCAGGCAAAUGAGGUUGAGAACCGCUGGGUUAGGUUGUACUUUUAA